AUGCCCCAAACCAGGAGCAGGAGAAAGAAACAACAAGGCUCAAAAUUGGAAAUGAGUGCCAAGGACGUGAGCAAGUCUACUACAGCUGCGGCUGAUGAGGACACGCCGGGUUGGGCAAAGUGUCUGAUCGCUACUUUUAACAAAAAUCAGCUAGACUUGAACGCAAAAUUGGAAGAAAUCAACACGAGCGUUCAUUCCAUAUCUAAAGAAUUCAAAGAAAUGAACGAUCGGGUUACGGCCGCGGAGAAGCGCAUAAGUGACCUGGAAGACAGUCGCAACGAGGAGAAUUGCACAGUGCAAACGCUGCUUAAACAAGUGUCAACACUUGCUGUUAGAGUGGAUAUGCUGGAGGCGCGCAGCAGAAUGAACAACAUCAGAAUAAUUGGCCUUAAAGAAGGCAUGGAGGUGGACAAUCUGAUGGGAUUACUGGAUCAGUUGUUCCGAUACAUUCUGGACGUAGAGGAGAGCGAUACAACUCCCGAGGUGGAAAGGGCUCACAGAGCUCUACGUCCGCGACCGAACCCAGAGGACCCCCCGCGCAUGGUUAUAGUGCGCCUGCUGAGAUGGAGAGACAAACUAAAACUGCUGAUGGCUGCUAAGAAGAAGGGAUCACUCUCCUGGGACGGUCAGCCCUUCUAUAUUCGCCAGGAUCUGACAUCGGAGGUUCGGAGACAACGGGCUGAGUACAACGAGAUUAUUGAGGAGCUGAAGAAGCAAGGUGUAAGAGUCGGCGUACUUUACCCUGCUCGCCUGGUCGCCACCAUCGAUAGGAAGAAAUGCAUUUUUGAAACUCCAGAAGAAGCUAGACGGGGACUCUCACGACUGCUGCAGAAGACGCGCGCGUCUGUGCCAGACUCAGCCACCUGA